CAGAACUCUGUUGACAUAAGGUAAUGAAUAGGAAGAACCUCACCACAGUCAGUGAGAUAUUUCUUCUUGGCUUCAAAAACAUCCACGAUAUCAAGAUCGUCCUCUUCAUCCUGCUCCUUGGGGUUUACUGUGUGACAAUAUGUGGGAAUCUCUUGAUCAUGGCCCUGGUGUCCUACAGCCGGACCCUCCAUUCCCCCAUGUACUUCUUCCUCACACAGUUGUCCUUAUCGGAUAUUUUGCUGACCACAGAUAUUGUCCCUAAUACUCUUUCCGGUAUAAUCACUGAAGGGUCGGUCGUGUCUUUUCCAGGUUGUAUCACCCAAUUUUAUAUCUUUGGAUGUUGUGAGGCUCAUGAGUGUUUCCUACUAGCCGCAAUGGCUUAUGAUAGAUAUGUAGCCAUCUGUAACCCUCUCCGCUACACCACAAUCAUGGAUUUUUCCUUGACUUUAAAAAUGAUUCUUGUUGGUUGGAUUUUGGGGGCUUUAUUUAUCCUUGUGACCACUUUAUCCAUUAUUGGACUGGAAUUCUGUGGACCAAAUGUCAUUGACCAUUUCUUUUGUGAUUUUACCCCAAUAUUAGAGCUGUCUUGUUCAGAAACAUCUAUGGUGGAGUUGGAGAUUUUGUGUUUAAGUGUGUUUUCAUUGAUUUUACCCUUUUUGAUGACUGUAACAUCUUAUGGCUGCAUCAUCUCCACCAUCCUCAGCCUCUCAUCCAAGCUCCAGAGGAGCAAAGCCUUCUCUACUUGUAGUUCUCACCUAAUAGUCGUCUGUAUGUUCUAUGGGAUAUUGAUCACUAUUUAUAUGAUUCCAACAAAGGGGGUUUCUCUAAAUGCUAUUAAGGUUGCCUCAUUAUUGUACACUGUGGUAACCCCCAUGCUGAAUCCCAUCAUAUACAGUUUAAGAAAUAAGGACAUUACAGAGACCAUCAAGAAACUAAAAAAGCAAAUAGGAUGA